CGCAACACGAAUAAUGGCUGUCGUCUGGUGGCCCUUUGCACUGGUCCUCAUCUCGUCCUACACUGCCAGCCUUGCGUCUCAGAUAAUCGCCCAGCACUUGCAAGCGCCUCUCAUACAGAGCAUAGGAGACCUCGCCAAGCAGUCGAAGAUCAACUACGGGUGCGUCUCCAAAAGCGUGGCGAGAGGACUUCUAAAGGAGUCUACUGACCCACACUUGCAGAGGCUCUGGUCAACGAUGGAAAUGUCCGGGCCACACGCUUUCUUUGACUCGGUGUCUACCGCUGUAGUCAAGGUACGCGACGAGGGCCUGGCAGUGCUCAUGGACUCCCAGACCAUCGAGUACCUGGUGGCUCACGACUGCAGCCUCGCGCAACUGCCGGGUCGCCUUGAGACCGGGGGAUUCGGCUUCGCCAUGCCUCAGGGUUCCCCGCUAAGGCACCUGUUCACCAACAAGAUCCUGCAGCUCCAGGAGAACGGCACCUUGAGCGCCUUGCGUCAGCGCUGGUGGUCAUCCAUGACAGUCACCGACCAAAGCGCUGACCAGCGCUGCAACCACGCUGUCGACGACAGCGGUUCCGUAGCGGGAAGUGCAAGCGGGAGCAGCGGCGGCAGCAAAGACCCCGUGGGUAUCCGGGGCCUCGUGCUAGUCCUGGGCAUUGGUUGCCUCGUCUCCCUGGUGGUGGUGGUCGCCGAGUGCCUCUGGAGAUUUAGAUGCUCCUCGAAGAGGAGAAACCAGGGCCCCCGAUGGAGGAAAGCACGGCAACGCAUGCCAGCGAGCCUAUCUUUACAGGAAUCAAGCCUCAUCAUCCUGGAUCCUCCCAAGGAGUUUCAAGAUGAUCAAGAAAGCUGCCCCAUGACAUCGUACAAAUGCGAAACGCUCACGUAGCAGCAGACCAGCUGAACGGACUGGUGUUUUUCAAAACCUGUGCGCGAGUGUUGUUGAAUUAUUAUGUGCUCUGUUUCGUUAAAUCUUAAU